AUGGCUUCCCGUCCUAAUCGUGCCUGUUCAGCAUGUAUAAGAUUAGCAUGGAUUGAUGUAUCUCAAGUCGAACAAUUUCAACGAGUGUUUGAUCCACCUGCAAUUGAUAUAUGCUAUAAAUGCCGGCAAUGGCCGAACUCCAAAAGUCUUCUUCAAACUGCAACGACAAAGCAAGAAAGAAAACAAGCAUUUGGCGAAUGUCUUUUCGCAAUAAUUCAACAGUUGUCAGAUGGCAACGAAAAUGACAAAGGCAAAAUAACAGGGAUGCUACUCGAAUUGGGCGAUGAUGAACUUUAA